AUCCAGACUCAGCCUGUAUCCUGACUGAGGGGAGAUAAGGUGGCAGUGCAGCUCGGGCUGCUUUCCUGGAAUACAAUCUGCAUUUUGACACUCUCUGCUAAGCACUGCCCAUCUGUAUGUUAUUCAGCCAGAGCCUCCAGGGAGAAAGAGGAACUCCAGACUCCGACAGCCAGUGAGAAAGAAAGCAAAAGGCACUCUUCUGAGAAGGAAUUGUUGCAAAUUGACUUAGAAGUCCCACAUCUGGAAGCUGAUACUUAAAAUAACCGAGGCGCCACUCAAGCAAGUGGGCCGGGAGGCAAUUAAAGCAGAAGCAAAAAAAGCAAGAAGCUGAAAGAUCUCUGCUGAAUGUGAGGGGAGGAGAUGGCUUUGAUCUUGGCCUGGACCCUGCUUUUUCCUAUAUUUUCCUUUCUGGGAUGUUUCUCCUUAUGCUCAGCUUCAGCGGAGGACAACGCUUUUCAUUUUGACACUGAAGAGAGCUCAGCCCAUGGUAGCCAAGACAAUAGCCUUCUCAGAGGGCAGCAGCAAGCUGUAGAUUUUGCAAGCUGGUCGCAUUUUGCUGAGAAAUGUCAAGAAGGGUUUUAUCGCACCAUUUCGGGCAACUGCAGCCCCUGCCACUGCAAUAACAAUGCCUACAAGUGUCUUGAUGGAUCUGGUAUUUGUGUGGACUGCCAAAGAAACACAACUGGAGACUACUGUGAACGAUGUCCAGAAGGCUACCUCGGUGAUGUGACCAGAGGAGCACCCAGUUUCUGCCAACCUUGCCCUUGUCCCUUGCCUUUGGUGGCCAACUUUGGAGUCUCCUGUUACAGAAAAAAUGGAGUGGUGCGCUGUAAAUGCAAAGAGCAUUAUGCAGGGUCAAACUGCGAAAGGUGUGCUCCCGGUUAUUAUGGAAACCCUUUGGUGAUUGGCAGUACUUGCAAAAAAUGUGAUUGCAGCGGCAAUUCGGAUCCUAACUUGAUCGUUGAGGAUUGUGAUGAAGUGACAGGCCAGUGUCGCAAUUGCAUGCGUAGUACCACAGGAUUCAAUUGUGAACUCUGUGCUCCUGGUUAUUACGGGGAUGCUAGAAUAGCCAGAAAAUGCACAGCAUGCAACUGUGGAGGAGCACCUUGUGACCGUCAAACAGGACAAUGCCUCGGAGAACCUCCAAUGCCUGCUCCAGUCACAGAUUGCCCAGAUAUCA